GGUAGACAAAGUUUUCUAACAAUGAUAUUUACUGUUCUCUUGUUUAUUUGUAACCUCUCACUAUGUGUGGAUAGAGCAGCAUCGGAUGCAUACACGGUAGAUGACAGUUCCGGUCUCGGGAGGAGGUUUGACGGAAUCGGAGGUCUGAGCGGAGGAGGGGCUACAUCCAGGCUAUUGGUGAAUUAUCCACAAAAACAAAGAGAUGAAAUACUGGAUUACCUUUUUAAACCUAAUUUUGCUGCAUCACUACAUAUUCUGAAAGUGGAAAUAGGGGGUGAUGCCCAGAGUACAGAUGGAACAGAGUCAUCUCACAUGCAUCAUCCUGGUGACCUUAACUUCCAAAGAGGCUAUGAAUGGUGGCUAAUGAAAGAAGCCAAAAAGAGAAACCCUGACAUUCUGCUCUAUGGACUACCUUGGGCCUUUCCUGGCUGGAUUGGGAAUGGGACCAGGGAUCCCUAUCACAACCCUCCACUGACAGCUGAUUACAUCGUCAAGUGGAUUGAAGGGGCCAAGCAGGACCACAACCUUACCAUUGACUUUGUUGGGAUAUGGAAUGAAAAACCAUACAAUGUAACAUAUAUUAAGACUUUGCGGAAAACUUUAGAUGCUCGCGGGUUUACGAAGACUAAGAUUGUGGCCUCAGAUGGGGGAUGGGGAAUCGUGAAUGAUAUGAACAAGGACAGUGAACUGGCAAACAUUGUAGACUAUGUGGGUGUUCACUAUCCAGGAACAAUUUCUCCAGAAUUUGCUAAAAAGCAAGGGACACAACUGUGGUCCUCGGAAGAUUACUCCACAUUUAAUGAUAAUGUGGGAGGGGGCUGCUGGGCAAGGAUUGUUAACCAGAACUACGUAAAUGGGAUGAUGACAAGCACCAUCUCGUGGAAUCUGAUUGCCAGUUAUUACGAAUCUCUGCCGUUUCCUCGGAAUGGACUGAUGACUGCAGAGACUCCAUGGAGUGGACACUAUGUUGUUGAAAGUCCUAUCUGGAUCACAGCCCAUACCUCACAGUUCACCAAACCUGGAUGGAAAUACCUGUCCCAUGAUCACGGAGUCAGUAAGUUACACCAGGGGGGAAGCAUGGUGUCUCUAACCAGCCCCAACAACAAGGAUCUCACAAUUAUUAUAGAAACAAUGAGUCAUGACCAUUCUAUUUGUAUUCGCCCUCCACUCCCGCCAUAUUCUGUCAAACCACAAAAUGUCACUAUACAACUUAAAGGCAGCUAUGUUAGUAUUUCAAGCGUAUAUGUGUGGAAGAGUAGCCUCCAUUUUGGACAGAAUACUUCCCAGUCUGACUUCUUCAGAUCUUUUGGACAAGUCAAGGUAAACAAUGGACAGAUCAAUAUCCCUGUUAGAGUUGAUGAAGUGAUCACCAUUACAACAUUGUCAACAGGACAAAAAGGACAAUACCCAAACUCUCCAGAUGUUAAGCCAUUCCCACUGCCAUAUAGUGAAAACUUUGAUGGAUAUCCUUAUUUUUCUGAACCAAACAACUUUGCACAACAGACAGGUGCAUAUGAAAUCAUGAAAUCGUCAGACUCCUCCAGAAAACAGAUUUUAACGCAGACUGUUUUGAAUAUUCCUGUUUCUUGGUGUCAAGCAGAAAAAGCAAAUAAGUUUGUGAAUAUUAUAGGCGAUCAUAACUGGACUGAUAUUUCUGUGACUGUCGAGACACAAAUCCCCAAGGUCAAUGGAAGUUCAGGGACAUUUGUUGCUGUCAGGGUGGAUCAAGGGGGAUGCAAUGCUUGGGAAGCCAAGGGGAUUUUUCUCUUUAUACUUCCUGAUCAGCAGAAAUUUGUUCUUGCUAAUGACUUGUCUCGUACAAAAGUUAUUAAAGAGGGAUCAGUUAAUGUAUCAACAAAUGGUUGGAAUAAUAUAAGCCUCACUGUCAAAAAUUCUACAGCUGUUGGCAGUGUGAAUGGAGUUCCUUUGUUUACAACAACCAUUCCAUCUAAACCAUCCAAUGGAUUUGUUGCCAUAGGUACAGAUUCUUAUGGCAUAGCAAAUUUUGAUAAUUUUAAAAUGAUGAGCUCCAAGGAUAUUGAUAUUUCAAAACUGAAAACACCCCAAGAACUCAUAUUUGUAGAAGAUACAAAAUUAUAUUUUAAGCCAAAAAGAAAUCUACUGUAAAUGAUUUCACUGAUGUUCAUUACAUGUAACUAGCCGAUUGUUAAAUGUGUAAGACUGUGAUAUGUUAAACAAAAUGUUCCAUUGUUUUACUGCUGUAAACUGUCCUGCUAGGUAAAAUAUGCGUGCAAUAAUUAUUUGCGAAAUUUCCAGGUACCUAUGCUGAAGAAUUGUUCUCUUAAAAUGAUUACACGCAAUAUAUUAUACUUUCAUAUGUAAUAUAUUGAACUACAUGUACAUACUAACUGCAUAAGAAUGAAAUUUGUUUGAUUUUACACAACUUUCUACAAAUGUUUAUGUUUCGCAUCAGUGUAUGAUUGUUUAGGAAUAUAUGUAUUUAGAUUUUUGUGUUUUAGUUGAUAAACAAUUUAUGAUGUAAAACCUACGGAGCUUUCCCCUAUAAAAUAGAAAACAGACAAUAUUUUACGAAAGUAAUAAAUGAAUUAAUGUUAAUGUUUUAAGAAGUUAUAUUUAUUGAUUAAUAUUAAUGAAAAUUAUUCCUAGAAUAUUGCAUUAUUAUUUCUCAAUUUGAUUUUAUUUUUCUUAACUAUAUAAUUGAAUACGUUAAUAAUCAUAAUGUAUUUUGUACGAAAGGAGACUAAUAUCAGCCUGUUGUAAAACCGCGGAAAUUAUGCUUGACUCACAAUGUCAGUAUAUAGUUUUCAGAGUUUUGUCAUCGAAUCUUAUUUUAUGACAGUAUAUGUCACCAGCCCGCUGUGUGAUUGCAUGGGAUAUUUUACACUUGUAUAAACAAAUAUGAUAUUAAGAUAUAGAAAUAUUAAUUUAUUAUUCUCUCUUUAGUAUCCAAUCAUUUAAUCUUUUAUUUUAGUACUUGAAUCAUAACCAUAAAGAAAAGUAGAUAGAUAGAUAGA